CAUUUCACAUUUCACAAUAUUUUGGAACCCCAUAAGCGCGUGCACUGAUACAGUUUCCGACUUUUCCAGAUCCCCCACGCUGGGUUUCCCAAUAUUGGCCAGUUCGGUUCGUGUUAUGAGAAAUCCUUUUUGUUGCUGCAUAGCCUUAAGGCACCGCAUGAUUUCCAGCAGCCAGAGAGAGAGACAAUCGUGUGAACUGCUCCCACUUGAAGAUGGCGGUUGUGAUGCUGUCUGGGACUGGAGCACAGUGCUGGAUCUGCAUAGGACGCUAACUUGAUGGAUAUAAAGACAAUGUUCAGUUUUUAUUUUAUCUGUCUUCUGGACUGGACUCUUUUGGGAUUGUGUUAUUAGGGCAUAGGCACACUUUCAACACCGGCUGAAAGUGGACUGGUCUUUUCGGGGACGGGGAGAGCCAGACGGAUAGCCAUAGCUUGCUAGCUAACACAUUGAUGGUAGUCCAGGCUGGGAGGAAAGUGGAUGAAAAUGUCGGAUACCAAGGUAAAAGUUGCAGUCAGAGUCCGACCCAUGAACCGGAGAGAAACGGAACUGCAUACAAAAUGUGUGGUGGAUAUGGAGGAUAACCAAACUGUUCUGCAUCCACCGCCUUCCAACAAUAAAGGAGAAAACAGCAGGAAACAAUCCAAGGUGUUUGCCUUUGACCACUGUUUCUGGUCCAUGGAUGAGUCCAACAUGCCCAAGUAUGCUGGUCAAGAGGUGGUGUUCCAGUGCCUUGGUGAGGGAAUACUGGAAAACGCCUUUCAAGGAUACAAUGCCUGCAUUUUCGCCUACGGACAAACAGGGUCAGGGAAGUCCUUCUCCAUGAUGGGGAAUAAGAAGGCUCCAGGGCUGAUCCCCAGGCUAUGCUGCUCCCUGUUUGAGAGGAUCGGCCGGGAGGACAGCCAGGUUCUCUCCUUCAAGGUGGAGGUCUCCUACAUGGAGAUAUACAACGAGAAGGUCCGUGACCUGCUGGACCCUAAAGGGAGUCGUCAGUCUCUGAAGGUCAGAGAGCACAAGGUUCUGGGUCCGUAUGUGGACGGUCUGUCACAACUGGCGGUCACCAACUUUGAGGACAUUGAGGUGUUGAUGUGAGGGAAUAAGUCGAGGACGGUGGCGGCCACCAAUAUGAAUGAGGAGAGCAGUCGUUCCCACGGUUUCAGCAUCAUCGUCACACAGACACUCUACGACCUGAAGUCUGGGAACUCAGGGGAGAAGGUGAGCAAGAAGCUGGUGGAUCUGGCUGGUAGUGACGUGUGUCUAAAACUAGCUGCAGGGGAGAGGCUGAAGGAGGGCAGCAACAUCAACAGGUCUCUUACCACACUGGGCUGUGUGAUCUCUGCGCUGGCGGACCAGUCUGCGGGGAAGGGGGGGAAGAAUAAGUUUGUUCCUUACAGAGACUCUGUCCUCACCUGGCUUCUCAAGGACAACCUGGGUGGCAACAGUAAGACGUGUAUGAUCGCCACGGUGAGCCCAGCAGCUGAUAACUACGAGGAGACGUUGUCCACGCUGCGUUACGCAGACCGCGCCAAGAGGAUUGUCAACCACGCCGUCGUCAAUGAAGACCCCAACGCACGGAUCAUCAGAGAGCUCCGGGAGGAAGUGGAGAAACUCAGAGUACAGCUCUCUCAGGCUGAGUCUCUAAAGGCUCCAGAGCUGAAGGAGAGGCUUCAGGAGUCAGAGAAGCUGAUCCAGGAGAUGACCGUUACCUGGGAGCAGAAACUACGCAACACAGAGGAGAUUGCUACGGAGCGUCAGCAGCAGCUAGAGAGUAUGGGGAUCUCCCUGGAGACGUCUGGGAUCAAAGUUGGAGAUGACAAGUGCUUCCUGGUCAACCUGAACGCAGACCCCGCCCUCAAUGAGCUGCUGGUCUACUACCUAAAGGAACACACGCGUGUGGGUGCAGACACCUCUCAGGACAUCCAGCUCUUUGGGAUUGGUAUCCAGUCAGAACACUGUGUGUUGGAGAUCAGCCCAGACGGGGGGGAGGUCACCCUCACCCCUAUAGAGAAUGCCAGAACCUGUGUGAAUGGAACCAUGACUGAGUCCUUGGUCCACCUGUGGCAUGGAGACCGCAUAUUGUGGGGCAACAACCACUUCUUCAGGAUAAACCUGCCUGGGAGGAAGCGACGUGAGCGUCUGAAGGAGCUGGAGAGGGAACGGGCGUCCCCCAGGGAGAGCUAUGUAGAGGUAGACGUAGAGACAGCAAGCGAGGCCUCCUCAGAACAGGACUACAGCUAUGAGUUCGCCCAGACGGAGGUCAUGAUGAAGACCCUGGGAAACAACGAUCCCAUGCAGAACGUGGUCCAGGUGUUAGAGAAGCAGUACCUGGAGGAGAAACGCACAGCGCUGGAGGAACAGAGGAUGAUGUAUGAGAGAGAGCUGGAGUCACUACGGCAACAGCUGUCUCCUGAGAGAACCAAUCAGCAUCAGCGAUCCAGCAGCGACCGCCUCACCUUCCCCACACACACACCAUCACACCACAGCAAGAUGCGCCCCUGGACUGAGGAGAGGGACGAGCUGUUUCGUCAGAGUCUGUCCAGGCUGAGGGAGCAGGUUGUCAAGGCCAACACCCUGGUGAGAGAGGCCAACUUCCUGGCAAAGGAGAUGAACAAACUGACUGACUACCAGGUCACCCUCCAGAUCCCUGCAGCUAACCUCAGUGCCAACCGCAAGCGUGGAGCCAUAGUGAGUGAACCAGCCAUCCUGGUGAGGUGGAAAGGGAAGGGUACACAGGUCUGGACCAUCGACAAGCUGGACAACAAACUAGUGGACAUGAGAGACCACUACAGAGACUGGAAGGAGGGAGCUGAGGACACGCAUACCAAGCUGAACAACCACAAGCAGCACAGUGAGUCCUUCUAUGAAGCUCAGGAGAACCACAACCUGAUAGGAGUGGCCAACAUCUUUCUGGAGUGUCUGUUCCACGAUAUCAGACUACAGUACGCUGUUCCUAUCAUCAGCCAGCAGGGGGAGGUAGCCGGCAGGCUCCACGUAGAGCUGAUGCGUGUCAGCGGGGCGGUGCCGGACCGGCUGGAGGGGGGAGAUGACUCGUCAGAGAACUCCAGUGAGAGCAGCAUCUACGAUGUGAUGGACACUCAGGGAGAGAUGGUCCACAUGGCCAGGAAACUCACCUGCAGGGUGCGUAUCAGGGAGGCCACGGGGCUGCCUCUCAACCUGUCCAACUUCGUCUUCUGCCAGUACACCUUCUGGGAGGGGGCGGAGCCUACGGUGGCCCCGCCCAUGGUCAGCCCAGACGCGCCAACCACGCCCCGCACCCCCGACGCCCAGUUCACCGUCCGCUUCGACCACUGCAAGGAGUAUGUGGUCCAUGUGACAGAGGAGUUUUUAGAGUUCAUCGCAGACGGGGCGCUGGCCAUCGAGGUGUGGGGUCACCGCUGUGCCGGGAACGGACGCUCUCUCUUGGAGCUGGACGCACUGCUGGCCAAGACACGCACCCUACGAGACAGGUGGAGUGAGGUGUCUCGUCGUAUUGAGCUGUGGGUUUCUAUCCAGGAGCUGAAUGAGCAGGGGGACUACUCUGAUGUAGAGAUGCAUCCUGGGAAGGACAUCGGUACUGGAGGAGUGUUCCAGCUCAGACAGGGUCACUCGCGCAGGCUGCAGGUGUGUGUGAAGCAGGUGCAGGACUCUGGGACUCUGCCUCUGCUGGUGGAGGCUGUUCUAUCUGUCUCUAUCGGCUGUGUGUCAGCACGCUCCACCAAGCUACAGAGAGCCCUGGACAGCUACCAGAGGGAGGAGGAGGAUGGAGAUAUGGAUAGUUAUCAGGAGGAGGACCUGAACUGUGUGAGGGACCGCUGGUCUGAGGCCCUCAUCAAACGACGAGAGUAUCUGGACGAGCAGAUCAACAAGAUCAUCAACAAACAGGAGAAGUCAGAAGAGGACAUGGAGAGGGAGGCCAGGCUGGUGGAACAGUGGGUAGGGCUGACCGAGGAAAGGAACGCUGUACUGGUGCCCGCGCCUGGCAGUGGCAUACCUGGUGCCCCUGCCCACUGGGCCCCUUCUGCUGGGAUGGAAGCUCACUUCCCAGUCCUCUUCCUGGACUUGAAUGCAGACGACCUGACAGUGAAUCAACAGUUAACGGGACCCAGCGCUGCCGGGGUUAACUCUAUCCUGCCCAAGGAGCACGGCAGACAGUUUUUCUACCUGCCAAUCAUCAGACACAGUGAUGACGAGGUGUCAGCGCUGUGCUCCUGGGACUCAUCCAUCCACGACUCUGUGCACCUGAACCGCGUGACGUCACCCAACGAGCGUAUCUACGUGAUCAUUAAAGCCACAGUGCAGCUCAGCCAUCCUGUCUCCAUGGAGCUGGUGCUGCGCAAGAGGAUCUCUGUCAACAUCUACAACAAACAGAGCUUCACCCAGAGUCUGAAGAGAAGGAUGUCCUUGAAGAACACACUGUACUCCUGUGGAGUCACCUAUGAGAUUCUGUCAAAUAUACCAAAGGCGUCUGAGGAGCCUGAGGAGAGAGAGACUCUGGCCCUGAUGGCAGCGAGGGGAGACGGUGAGGAGAGUCAGGAUGGACAGACCUACAUAGAGCAAUACACCAGAGGACUUCUGGAGGUGGAGAAUAUACUGAGCCUGGAGAGACUCAGACAGGCGGUGACGGUGAAGGAAGCUCUGUCUGUUAAAGGGAGAAACAUCAGAAGGAGCUUCAGCACCCCCAACGUACAGCAUACUUCCUGCAGCAAAACAGACCUGAUUGGCUGGGAAGAUGUAGACUGGAAGGACCAUUGUGACCUUCAUCAGGAUGUCUCUGACUGCACUCCCCAGGACGGUGGUUCUCUGUGUGGGACGCCACUCAGAAACAAGACAGAGAAUCACGGUCUGGUACCAGAGAGCCCCACCUUCUUCAACUCGAGCCCGUUCAAGGCCCUCUCUCCCCAGACGCCCAAGUUCCUCAAGUCUCUGCUGCCAGUCAGAGAGGAGAGCAAGACCAAGAGAGUCCUGGAGGCACGACCACUACUGGGACAGGAGAGCAUGCGCUCCUCAUGUGCGGACAGCUUUGUGCUGCUCCCCCCUCCCUGCUACGGCCAAGCCCCCUGGCGCAGGCCCAGAGCGGGCAGCGAGGGUCACCGCAGCCCCUCCACCGCCACCCUCACCCCCUCCACCCUCACCCUCAGUACCUGCACCAGCAGGAAGCUCAGCCUCACACUGCCACACACCGCUGACUCUGAGGAGGAGACAGACAUGGCCCUGAGUUUGGGUCUGGGCCCUCAGGACUUCCACAGCUUCCAGUCCUACAUCCCAGAGGACUUUGCCAACUUGAGGGGGGAAAGAGAGGGGGCUCCCCGGAGCCCCACCGCCAGCAGCUGCACCAGCGGUUACUUCUCCCACAGUGCCUCAGACGCAACGCUCUCUGACGUGCCAUUCGGGGCCAGCGACAGCUCUGACCAGCUCAGCGCCUCCGCAGUGGCUCAAGACAGAAAUGACCCUGACCGGGAAACCCACAACCUCCACCCCCACGAGUCUGUCUCCUUCCACUGCACCAGCACGGCCCGAGGCUGUGUCCAGACCAGAAGUGUCUCGCCGUGGGGUGACACCCAGACCCCUGCGUGUCCCCCCGGCGUCCCCUCACAGCCCCUCCCCACCACCUCCCCCUCCUCUCCUGUCAGUAUUCCUAACUGCUCAGAGCAGCCACCCUCCCCGCGGCCCCGCAGGUGUGUCCUCAGCGUCAGCCAAGAGUUUACAGACUUCAAGGGGGCCGACGACGGCAUGGAGGAUCUGGGUGAGCUGGGACACUUCCAGCCUGGGGAUGCACCACACAUAUCCCCUGUCCCAGCGGAGGAGGAGAAAGGGGGCUCUGGCAGCAGGCACCAGACCUCUGACAAAGACCUGGUCGUCAUCAACACACAACAACAUACAUCUCACCCCGGUAACGCCCGGCUCCCUCAGCCCCACUCACACCUCCACAACGGCAAACAGUGUAUCGGCAGCGUAGCCGUGCCCUGCCCACCCCCCUCCAGCCCGCCAGGCCAGCUAGCAGGAGGAGAGCCCCAGAUCCAGGAGCCAAUCCAGGGAGACCUACCUCCAGGGAGCCCCUGUCCCAGCCCAAGCUGCCCUAGCCCCAACCCCAGCAGCACUGAGGCCUCUGGGGACUCCUGCAGCGGGGACGAGGGCUCUGGUUCUCCGGUGGCCCAGCUGCCUGACUGGAUGGCUCCCGGGGAGCAGGUAUGGGUGGGGAAGAGGAGCGGCACGGUGCACUACGUCGGCGGGGUGGAGUUCGCCAAGGGGAUCUGGGUCGGGGUGCAGCUGGACCUGGCUGUGGGCAAGCACAACGGGACAGUCCAGGGGAGGGUUUACUUCCGCUGUCCUCCAGGCCACGGGGUGUUCGUCAAGCCCUCCUGUCUCACUAGAGGACCCCCCUCCAUGGACACCACAGACACCCAGCCUCUGGUCCGAUAAAAUUCACUAAACUCCCCAAAUUCCCAGUCUUUCCAGGAAUCCCGGUUGGAAUAUUCCCAGAAUCAGGAGGGAAUAAGAAGGAACUCCAGAAUCCUCAAACCAGCAUUUCUGGAAAACCUGGGAAUUUGGGGAAAGGAACUUUCCACCCAGGACUAUCAUCUAAAGGGGGUACCCAGAUCCAGAGCAGUUUCUACUAGACCAGACCCAGAUCCAGAGCAGUUUCUACUAGACCAGACCCAGAUCCAGAGCAGUUUCUACUACACCAGGCCCAGAUCCAGAACAGUUCCUACUAGACCAGGGCCAGAUCCAGAACAGUUCCUACUAGACCAGGGCCAGAUCCAGAACAGUUCCUACUAGACCAGGGCCAGAUCCAGAACAGUUCCUA